CGCCGCUCCCGCCCUGCCCCGCGCGCCCAACCGCCGCCGUUUGAACGCAGCCAUGGCGCCCGGCGUAGGAGCGGCAGCGGCGCUACCCGAGGAAUGGCGGAUUUACUUCGCUCCCACCCGCGCCGCCACCUUCCGCAACUGGCCCUUCACCGAGGGCUGCGCCUGCACGCCCGAGCGGAUGGCGGCGGCGGGUUUCGUGCACCGCCCCAGCGAGAACGGCCCCGACGUGGCGCAGUGCUUCUUCUGCUUCAAGGAGCUGGAGGGCUGGGAGCCCGACGACGACCCGCUAGAGGAACACAAAAAGCACUCUGCAGGUUGUGCUUUUCUCUCCCUUCGGAAAGAACCUACUGACCUGACACUGCGAGAGUUCCUGAAGCUGGACAGAGAACGAAUGAGAAAUGCAGUGAAAAAAGACAUUUCUCAGAAGGCAACGGAGGUUGAAGAUGAAGCCAAGGCUGCGCGUCGUUACAUAGAGAACGCGGGCUCCUAGGCUGCUGUAGCUUCUCGCUUGCUGAUGACAUCUGUCUUGUAUCCGUGCUCUGGCACUGCCACUUUGACUGAAUGACUGUUUCCUGAGACUGCUUUCAGAACGGCUGUCUCUGUGAGAAGCUGGCUGAAUUCUUCUUCGCUCACCUGAGUGUAUUUGGGAAGUACCUGGAGUCUGAUACACUGCAUACAUAAUCUUUUUCUGCAGGGGUUCUCCUGUUCUUCCUGUUGGUUUAAUUAAGAAUUACUGCUUGUGGUUGUAUUUUUUUUAAACACAGCUGUUUCUAAUUUGAAGAUGCUGGUAGCUCUAGUGCAAAAACUUGUGUUUCUUGCAAGAGCUGGCAGGCAUUUCCAUUUUUACGCUGCAUAUACUAAUGCUUUUGGA